UAUAGUGUUUAGUGUAUAACGUGUAUAACAUUGAUGUGAAUGUGUAAUACAAAAAAGAAUAAUAUUGAAUUCAGUAGAAUUUCACGUUAAUCAGGUAAUAGUUAAUAGUCAAUUUAAAGGAGAUAUUGAUUUAAAUUUCCAACAAGACACUCGUUAUAUUUGUGUCUCUCGAUUAUAACGGGUGUUAAAGAAAUUCAACACAACAUUAUUUUUCUCUCCUCUGGCUCGAAAUGGUGUAAUGGCUUUAUAAGCUUUUAUUACUUUCAGUAAAAAACUGUACACACAACGCAGGAGUAUUUCAAUAUUCCCGUGUGUUUAAAAAGAGAAAUCUGGAUCGUUAUAUCCAGAUUUUUUUCGGGGGAAAAACAGCAGGAAAAAAAAGAAAUGAAGAACAGUACAUUUCCCAAGAGGUCUCUCCUCUAAUAACAACAAUAAGAUAAUAAAUCUUUUAAAAAUGAGUUCCACUGUAUUGACCCCUAAACCAACAUCGAAGAACAAUUCAUCCGCAAAUACGGAAAAUGAUUCUUCGACACAAAAAAAGAAGGACAGGGGUUCAAAUUCUACUCCUGUUUUAAAAAAGAGUAAUAAAACAGCUCAUGCUUUUGGUCCUGCUUACUUUCAUAGUGUGAAAGAAGCUGUAUUUGAAAUUCCAUAUGCUCCAUUUUUGCCUCAAACUAUUCCGGAACCAUUAAGAUUACCCGACUAUCAAUCGGAAACAUUUCAUCCAUGUCUACAAUGUAAAGAUAGCUUUCGUUUUCCGAGUACCUUAGAAGAGCACAUGUCCCGUCGCAGUUGGAUCUUAGGCUACUGGUGUCAAUCUUGUUUUCACGGAAAAUGCGAUCACGUGCCACUGCAUAGUCCAAUGUGUGGAAAUUGUGUCUCAACACAAUACAAUCGUCGCACUUAUUUACGCUCGAAGGGUAUGAAAAAAGGUCAAAAAGCCGCAAUAAUUAAAAUAUUUUACAAUCAGUGUGAAUUUUUCAAUCAUCUCAAGCAACACGACGUGUCGACUGUCGAAAUUAACGAAUUAAUGCUAAUGCCACUACCGUGGGACAUUAAAAAAGAGGAACAUCCAAAAUUAGAGAAGGCCUGCAAGGCAAUCAUGGAAUACGCAUUUCUCAAUCGUAUUCACAUUAUGGAAUUCCUACGCGAUCAGAAAUUCGACGGUAAAUGGUGGGAUCCACCAGUGAUCGACGAGAAUACCAAUAAUUAUCAAAUACCCUUGAGUUUAUCGAUUAUUAUUCAAACUUUUCGUGAACGCGAUUUUACUGACAGUGUGAGUAGAAAACUUCCGAGUCCGAAUAAAAAUUCUUUGGUAAAUUUUAAAACAGCGGGUAAUGAUUCCUUACGUUUGGGUAUUAAUUCUGUUUCCGUACCUGCGAAUAAUAUUCCCGUGAGAUAUUGCAAUUCUCCGUAUCGACCUCCAACUGAUAUUGCAUUUGUGGAUUGUGGUCCGAGUCAUUCGGUUUAUAAAUCGAAUAGUCUUUUGUCGCCACCAAGUUUAAGUCCACUUUCAGUCUCAAAAAAUGAUGGGUCUUUAAAUUCAAGUUCUGAAUCCAAAGAAUUGGAUUCCAGCGGAAGAAGGCGAAACGCUUUUGGACAAUUUAUCAAACAGUCGACGCAGGCUUCGCAACAACCGAUAAUUCCCGUUUCAACGUCAACGACAAGCAAUAAGGUCUAUACGGUCAGUACUAAUACUAAUGCCAGUGGUCCAAAAAUAUCCGUCAAGAAAUUCGCCAGUGAACCGGUAUCAAACUGGGCGCAAUGUCCUGAUAAAGCAAACACCAAAAUUCUCACCGUGCACAGUGAGAAAUGUUUGGAUAUUUCCUCCAUCAUCAGCCAAUUACCGCCCGACGUCAUAAACAGCAAGAAAAUCGUCUUCAUCGAACAAAAUUCCAAUCAAAUAAAUCAGUAUCAAAAGAAUUCGCCCCAAACUUUAACAACCGGUCCCACCCUAAGCGCCAAUUGCGUCAAAGUCAACGUUCCCCAGGCGAACAAAAAUCAAAAACCUUCCGUCACUUCCCGAACACAAGUAGUUUCCCAACAGGUCUUCAAAACAACGAAAUCCCCUACAAAUCCGACGUACCCACCAAAAACCCCCCCGGAGCCAAAACUUCGUCCGAGCCUCACUCCCAUAGCUUCCAAAAACUCCAAAAACAUCAAGAUCCAACCAUACGACGGUAAAGUCUUCUUCCAAUCAGGCAAGAAAUUCGUCAUCAAACAGACGAAUAAACUAAAACCAACUGGAAUUUCGGCAAGUGUUCUAAAACCCACCACCCAGGCUCGUAAGGUUCCGAAUCUUUUCGACCUCCCUGCUUUGACGACAAAAAAACUCCACAGAUCAGUGACGAAUAUCGCCUCUUCCCCUCUGACUCCAUCCACCUCACCUUCUGAACUAUCCACUAGUAGCUGCGAAUCCCUUUCGAAAAUAUUCGACGAAGAUCUAUCGCUCCUAAGACCCUAUGACAAUAUCAAAUCACGAAGCGAUUUCAACAUGAAAAAUAUCUCCGAAAGUGAAGAGGCACUCCUAACGAUCAAAGUCGUAGCAUCAAAGCUGUACCUCCACCUAUUCGAGUCAUUACCCAGUGUCAAGAAUACAAAAAACAAUCUGAUGAAGUACAAACAAAACCUAUUGGACACUCUUCCCUAUCUCCGAACGAAGGAUAUACAAAAACGUAUCGAUCAUGUUAACGCCCUAAGUCAGGAAUUCCUAAAAGCUAUGAAAUUAACCGACGAUAAAAUAAUCGACGAUCAUGAGCGUUUUAUCGCCCUUCUAACCGAUUCCGUCGAACAGGCAAAGAUUCUCAACAUCCCUCAAAAUAUCGACGAUGUUUCUCUUCAGCAUGUUUUUGAACUUCAACACGAGUCUGAUAAUAAAUUUCUCGACAAUUGGAAAUCACAACCUAUGCAAAAAUGCCCCCAGUGUGCAAAGCUAAAGAAACCGAAGAAUUAUCUACCGGGGUUUUCUAAAUUGUCCGAUAACGAAGCACUCUAUUGUCAGUGCUACAAUUGUUUCUGUUCGAAAUGUAACACCCACCAGGGAACAUUGCCCCGCUUCGUAGCACAUCGUAACUAUCAUUCGAAAAUCUCCCCUUUCGUCUGUCCCGACUGUUGUCGAAAGUUUGACACAUUCCAAGAAGUUGAAAAGCACAUUUGGUUGGAAUGUUUUCACCCACUAAUGAAAAAUUGGUUCUUUGGUUGUAAAGUGUGUGGAAUCGAUGGUCUGACAACUCUGGAAGCGCUAACCCAACAUUUCCUGCUGAUGCACAGCAAACGGGGAUAUGUCUGUUCGGACUGUAAAGCGAUUUCGUUUUUGGAAAGUGAUUAUCAAAAUCACUUGACAAUGGAACAUGAUGCAAUGUUAAAAGGCGAUAAUCAAUUGGAAAUGGUUGAGAUAAUAAUGUGUAAGAUUGGUAAUUGUAUUGUUUUGAAGGAGAAUUACACGAAGCAUCUAAUCGAUCAUGUCGGUGUUGAGCAUCAGAUAUUUCACAAAUGUCCCUUUUGUCCCUUCACCAAACGACAUGCAUCAAAAUUUGUAAUGGAAGAAUUUCGAGAACAUGUGAUGACGAAUCAUCGUUUACUUUUGUCACGGUUUGCAACGAAGGAUAUUAUUAAUCAAGUGCAAAAGGCGCUGAAGGUGAAUGUUAAUCAGGAGGUACUGCCGAUGAUAAUCAAUACGCGAACAAUUGCACGCGAGGCUUUUGAAAAGGGAACUCAGGAUUUUGAUACGGAUAGAGGAUUGUCAAGUAUGCCAAUGAUUGUUGACGUAAGAUCGGAAGCUGCCAAUUUAAAUACGAAUAAUGAUACGAUGCCAAAGAUACUUGAGGUGAAAUCGAUCGCGAAUGAUUCUUUAUUGAAAAAGUCACAGGAGUCGCGUAAGAGAAAGGCGAAUACGGUGAUUGAAAUUACAUUGUCGCCGAAGAAAAUAUCUAGUGUUGAGAUUAAAAAUGGUAAAGUGGAUGCUAAUGAUUCGGGUAAGAAAAGUGAAGUAAAGGGAUUUUCGCAGGUGAAGGAAAUUUUACUAGAGAAACGUUCGUUGACCGGAGGAGGAAAAGGAGGUUUGGCUGAUGUAGAAAUUAUCGAACUGGAGAAAACGGUUUCUGUUACGGAUGUUGAUAAACCUGGUACUGCUAAAGCAUCUAUUGUUGCUAAGACUCAGUUUGCUGAUGAUAGCAAUCGAGAUGAGAAAAAUGUUUGCGAUAAGAGUAAAGAAGGCAAUAAUAAAGAUGUCAGCAAAAAAGACACCCAAGAAGCUGAGCCUGACGAGAAAAAUAAAAAGAUUGAUGACUACCAGAAAGAUGUAAAUAAAAGUACAGAAGACGACAAUUCCAGAAUUAGCACUAAUAGAGAAAGGAGAGAUCCUAACAAAGGUGGUGAAGAACAAGAGGUAACUACUGUUAGUGAGUGUUCUAAAAUCUCUAGAGAACGUACAGAGGACAUCAGAAGUAGAGAAACUUUUCCAAAGACCAAAGAAAUUACAAGCAAUGUUUGUUUGGAUGAACGUAAUCAAGUUGUUGGUGAAAAUAGGCAGAAUUUCCAUCAACGGAAAUUAGAUGUCAACCAAAGAGGAGAUGCCAACCAAGAAGAAGAAAUUGUUCAUCGAGAGGAGGAAAUUAAUCGAGAAAAAGAAACCAACAAAGUAGGGGAAGCUAAUCAAGAAAAGAAAGAGGAACAUGAAGGGGAUGCCAACCAAGUAAAAAUAGGUGACCAAGGAAAGGAAGGUAUUGAAGGAAACCAUAAUCAGGAGAAAGGAGAUGACCAAGAAACGGAAGGUGUCAAUCAGCAGAGUACAGAUGCUUCGAAACGGAAUCAAGUUAAUAAAAGGCAGCCAAACAUUUGUGGGGAUAACGAGAAUUUUAUUGGGAACCCAGAAGAGGUAUGUAAAAAUACUGCCAACAGUGACGAUAAUAUCUGUAAAGCAUCUGUUAGCGUCUGUGAAGGCAACAUUAUUUGUAAAGAUGAUAGCACUAAAGAUGACAGUACCAGUAAAGACGAAAUCAUCAGUAGAGACAGCAGCAGCAUUAGCGACAACAGCAGUAAAAACAAUAUUAGUAGAGACAGCUGCAGCAUUAGUGACAAUAGCAGUAAAAACAAUGUUAGUGGCGACAACAGCAGUAAAAACAACACCAUCAUUAGAGACAACAGCAGCAAUAGUGCCAACAGCAGCAGUAGAGAUAUCAUCAGCAGAGACAACAGCAUCAUUAAAAUUAACAUCUUUAGCAAGGAAGACACCAAUAGCAGUAAAGAUGGUAUUAGCAUCAGUAACAAUAGUACUAGCAGCAGUAAAACUAGUAUUUACGUCAACAAAGAAAAAAUAAAUAUUAACGAAGACCCUACUAAUGAUAAACCCAACACAAUUGAUGACGAUGAUGGUAAUGAUAAUUUCGACACGAACAUUGAACAUAAAAGUAAACAGGACAAAUUUCCCGAUGGCAGCAGCAUCAAAAAUUCCAAUAAUGAUGAAGAUUCACAAGAUUCUAACGAGGGUGAGAAAAUUAUCCGAACGGAAUUCAACAGACCGUCAAGUACAAACGAAGCUAAUAGAGAUUCAAACACUCCAAAGGAAAUUAUCGAUAAAUGUAAGAAUGUUAACCCUCUCAUUCCAUCUACAGAAGAUUUGGGAACGAACACUAGAGAUAAGAACGAGGACGACAAAACUGAUGAUCCUGAAAAUUUAAAUAAUACUGUCCCUAAAGGUAAUAAUUUGCAGAAUUUAAAUGAAGAUUCCAGUGAUUUUUUAAAACAAGAUAAUAAUAUUAAUAAGAAUUUAAAUGAUUAUGAAAACGUUAUUAAGGAUAAUGAGAAUUUUCUUUGUGAUAAUACGACUGUAAUUAAAGACAGAUUAGCAGUAAUUGAAGAAGUUUCAUCUAUUGGAGAUAACGAGGAUAUUAAUGAUAAUAACAUUGCCACUGGAAAUUACAGUCGAGUUACUAACAAGAGUAACGAAUUAAUUCUCAGGCAUAAGGACGAGGAAAUUUUACCAAAAAACAAUUUUUCAAUUCUUAAUAAACAAUUUUUAACCAAAGACAAAGAAUUUUUGACAAACGAAAGUGCUGGUAAUAAAAAUCAAAAUUUAAAAAUAGAUAUUCAGUGUUCGAUUAAAUGUAAAGAAUCCUAUAAACCUAAAUCUCUAGAAGAAAAUGAAUCUUCGGAAGAUUAUCAAUUUCCACCUGUUGAAUCAUCAAAUGAUAGUGAAUAUUCACAAGAAACAAAUGUACAAACUCUUGAUUAUCAAUCACCAAUUAUGGAUGAUCCAUCAAAUACUCAAUCAUCAACUGAACAAAUUGAAUUUUCGAUUGGAAAUUCGAAUACAAUUGUCGGUACAGAACAAGAACAAAUUGACGAUACUUGUCAGGGAGAAAAGAAUCUUUUGGAGUCGGAGGAAAAUUCGAGUAAAGUCCACGAUUUUAGUGCAUUAGAAGACCUCAAGGCAAAAAUGAGUCGAACUUUCAAAACACUGGCGAAAAGAAUGGAAGCAACAACAACGACGUUACAACAGGAGUGCUCAAAAUCAUUACCAAUGUUAAAAGGUUUUAAAAAUAUGGAAAAUGGUUCGAAUUUUAUAAAUGAAGUUAGGACCCGAACGAGACAAAAGCGGCGAAGAAGUAAUUGGCAAAAAUUAACAAGCAAUGUUUAUGAGAAUAAUUACGAAAAAUUUAAUCUUAAGGAGAAGAUUCUUUACGAUGAUGAUAGUAGUAAUUCUAGUGAGAUAAUAAAUUACCAACGAAGAAAUAACCUUAUGGAAAAUAUUCGUUUAGAUGGUGAUCUAAAGGAGGAUUUUAAAAUAGAAAUCAUUCAACCACCACCACCAUUGGCGAGAAUUCCACAGCAUAUUUUAAAGAAUCAUUCAAUUACCGAAACAACACGACGUGUGAGAAAACGGAAACAGAGUAGAAUUGCAUUUAACGGACCAUUGAAUUACGAAGAGACUGCUUUAGAUUUUAAAUGCCAUAUAUGCAGUAAAUUAAUAAAUUCCUCAUGGCCCGUUUUAAAAGCACACUUCGAUAUUUGGCAUCCGAAUGAAUACAUAUUCGCUGAACUUAAUCCACAAUUAUUGAAAAUUUCCUCCGAUUAUAUUGACGGUGGUUACAAGGAGAUUCUCUGUAAAAAAUUCAAGUGCGAUGCAACCAGCCCUAGGAAACGAAAGAGACGCAGUCGAUUUACACCGAAAUCACCGGAGAAAAUUGAUCAAAAAUCAAUUGGUAUUUGCGUUAAAGCCGAAUCAGUUUUGGAAGAUGAUGGUAUGUUUAAGUGUAGAAAAUGUGAUGUGAAAUUUAUUGAUAUGGAUCAGUUGAGGCAACAUAUUUCAAAGAGUCAUCGAAUAAAGGGGCGAUAUUUGGUGUGUUUGGAGUGUGGUGAAAAUUUUGUUGUUGCACCGAGUCUUCAAAUGCAUUUGAAGGCAUUUCAUGCUAUUGACGAUCCACUUACGUAUUUAUUGCAAAAUACUUCGUUUGCGCCGGAAAAUCUUGAGGACACUGAAGAAGAGGAGGAGGAAGUGAUCGCUGAUGAGAAUCAAUGUUUCGUUUGUAUGGCUGUUUUUGAAAAUAAAGCUGCUGUUGAUAAGCACCUGAGGGUUCAUGGUAUGGCAUUUUUGAAUCGAAAACGAAUGGAGGCCAAGAAGAAUUUAAAUAUUACGGAGAAGAAAUUGAAAAUGACUACACAGACUGAUGAUGCUUGUUGUGGAAGUGCGAGUAUUUCUUUAAACCCCACGAAACAUCAGGACGAUAAGCAGAUUUUAGCUACUAAUUCAUUAGAGACUGAGGUGUCGGUUCAUUAAAGCGACAGCAAAACAAAAAUUAUCGUUCAGAUGGGAAUUGGAGAAGAAUAACAGGAAUUACAGAAGUUUAAAGGCUAUUAAAUUUUCAUGUACAUUUUUAAUAGUUAUCUUUUAAAAGCCUUUUUUUUAUUUGACGAUUUAAAAAGGACAUUUGUUUUUCUUUAAAAAAUUUUGUAUGAAUAAAAAAAACAUUGCGUAAAUGUUGUAAAUGGAUGAUCAUAUAAUGUUUUAUAGAAUAUUAUACUUAAGAAAAAGUUAAGUUAAUUUCUUUUUUGUUUUUAUUUUUUACACAAUAAUUUGUUUUUAUAAAUAUAGAAAAAAAAUUGUUGCGAUAUAUUCAAUUCCUUAAAUUCAAAUAUAUUAUAAAUGAUUGUUAAGUUAUGUGCAGAAUUUUAAGAAAUUUUCCUUUUCUUUUUUUUCUAUUUUUCAGAGAAGUAGAUUUCUUUUGUACAUUCAUGGUUUUUGUGUUUCGUUAUAACAAAAAAAAUAUGACGAACAAUAUUUUUGUCAUAGUUUUAUUUAAGCUGCAUACUGAAUUUUUGUUAUGUUAAAUGAUUCUAAGCUGGAAUAGCAUUAUUUUGGAUAUUUAUGAAAAAAUAUAUCUGUAAACUGUAUAAGAAAAAAAAAAUACGGAACAGAAAAAAUCGUGAUUAUCACGUUGAUAUAUUUUUCACGAUUUAAUUUCAAAAAGCAUUGUACAUAUAUUCUAUAUUUGCUAGAGAGUGAAUGUUUUUAUUUCAUAAUUAGAUAUCCAAUUUUAUACACCACUUCGCACUGUGUAUAUAAUAACAAAAAAAAACCAUUAUUGUAUUUAGUUAGGUAUUUGUUGGAAAUUUUAAGAUAUAGAGUUAAGGAGGUAUUAAAAUGAAAAUAAAGUAAAUAAAAAAAAUUUUAAUUCAACAAAA